CAAUGGACUCAAACAAGGACGAAGCCGAGCGCUGUAUUAAGAUUUCUCUAUAUGCACUCAGCAAUAACCAACCGGAAAAAGCCAGGAAAUUUCUAGAAAAGGCGCAGCGCUUGUUUCCGACAGAUCAGGCCAAAGAAUUGUUGGAAUCGUUAAGACAGAAUGGAAAACCUCCAGAUGAAAAUGACAGUCCUAUGAAUGGAGAUACACCCGGAAUGAGACAUCGCAGCCACGGAGAUGAGGCUCAUGUGUCAAGGGAGGGUGCCCCAGACACAGCCAACGCUAAACCAUACACGUCAGAGCAGCUGGAUGCUGUCAAAAAAAUCAAGAGCUGUAAAGAUUACUACCAAAUUCUUGGAGUUGAAAAAGAUGCAAAUGAAGAAGAUCUUAAAAAGGCCUAUAGGAAGCUGGCUCUCAAAUUCCAUCCAGAUAAAAACCAUGCACCAGGAGCCACAGAGGCAUUUAAAGCUAUUGGAAAUGCUUAUGCUGUGCUGAGUAACCCAGAGAAACGAAGACAGUAUGACCAGUAUGGAGAGGAAAGAUCACACCCAACCAGACACAGGCACCAACGUCAUGACUUUGAAGCAGACAUCUCGCCGGAGGACCUUUUCAACAUGUUCUUUGGUGGUGGAUUUCCAUCUAGUAAUGUGCAUGUUUACAGAAAUGGCAGAAUGCACUUUGGCCAACAGAAUAGACAGGAGAGAAGAGAACAGAGAGAUGGAGGUCUUGCUCUGUUUGUCCAGCUGAUGCCCAUUCUCAUCCUCAUUGUCGUAUCUGCUCUCAGCCAAAUGAUGGUGUCCCACCCCCCUUACAGCCUUAGCUACCGCCCGUCAGCUGGCCAUGUUCACAAAAGGCAUACAUCAGCCCUAAAGGUGCCUUUCUAUGUGGGAGACCGUUUCAAUGAAGAAUACUCUGGAAAUAAACUGAGAAAUGUUGAGAAAAGUGUGGAAGAAGACUACAUUUCCAACCUCCGAAACAACUGUUGGAAAGAGAAGCAACAAAAGGAAGGCUUACUUUACCGUGCUCGUUACUUUGGAGAUACUGACUUGUAUCAGCGCGCACAGAGAAUGGGGACUCCAAGCUGCUCCAGACUGUCUGAAAUUCAGGUUAUUCUACAUGGAUAGAAACUACUGAUGCACAUAAAGGUUCUUUGGUACUUGAAUCUAAAAAGAAGAAAUCCAUUGGGGCCCACUGAAAUUGGAGCAUAUUACUGCAGCAAAACCAAUAGAAUCAGACAUGCCUUACACAUGGUGGGCAACAGCUCGUCAGGGAGACUUCUGCAGCCUUCUGUAGAAUGGCUUCCUGUAGAACUGUUAGAAACUUGAACUGACUGGCUGACAUUUUCCUUCACUAGUGUCUUCAUGGUGGUGAAAACCAAGUGGUGUAACGUUUGAAUGUAAGAGCAUUAUUGUCUCCUUGAACGGUUAACAAAGCUGCUAAGAUUUAGCUUUCUCUAGCCCAAUCCUUUUGUUUUCCUAGACACUGAAAAAUCUUAUGGCCUUCUUGUAGACACAUCUGAGCCACUGAUGAUAAAGUGUAAUUUUUAUAGUUCAUACCAGUGUAAAUAAAAUACUUUUAACAGUGCAGGGUUUAAUGGAGUUGAGCUAAUAUCAUUUAUGAUAGAAUUUAAUGUUAUUCUGUGGAUUUGCUUGUAGCCUGUUGGAUUAUGAGUAUUGGAAAUUAUUGCACAAACAAAUUUGAACCCGUAUUUAUUAAAUUUAAUCCUAAAAUUGUAUAAAGUUUCUUUUAAUUA